AUGGCGAUUAAGAAGGUAUUCGAUGGCUCAAUGGACGAGGCUGUCGCUCUUGACAAUUUGGGGUAUGAGCAGGAGUUUGAACGAUCGUUCAGUUUGUUGGAUAUGGUGGGCUUCAGUUUCAGUAUUGUGACCUGCUGGACAGCCCUAAGCGGCGUCUUCAUCAUUGGUAUCCAGGCAGGUGGUCCGCCUGUCAUUAUUUUUGGCUGGAUUGGAGUCUGCUCGGUCACAAUGCUCAUUGCGCUGGCAAUGGCUGAGAUGUGUUCGCGCUGGCCAGUGGCAGGAGGCCAAUACUCGUGGGUAGCCAUGCUAGCACCGCCUCGCGUUUCCCGACAGCUGUCAUAUAUCACUGGAUGGUUUAUGCUGGCCGGACUUAUCGCCAUGGGCGCGGUCAACAAUUCCUUGGGAUCGAAUUAUAUCCUAGGCCAAGUCAACCUAGUCUUCCCGGACUUUGUGAUCGAGAGGUGGCACACCGUCCUCGUUGCCUGGGCCGUCGGGUUAUUUUCUCUCGCUAUCAAUAUACUUACACCGCAUGCUCUGCAUAGUCUGUCCCGCUACAUCUUGGUGUGGAACAUCGUCUCGUUCAUCAUUGUGAUCACCACUCUGUUAGCAACCAGCCACCAGAAGCAAGACACAUACUUUGUGUUCCAUGAGUUUCGCAAUAUGACCGGCUUUGGGGCUUCGAUGGCUACUAUUAUUGGGAUUCUACAAAGCUUCUUCGGCAUGUGUUGCUACGACGCACCAAGUCAUAUGACAGAAGAGAUGACCCACGCUAGUCGAGAUGCACCCAAGGCAAUCAUCAUGUCGGUUAUCAUGGGGGCUGUGACUGGACUACUCUUCCUCCUGACAUUGUGCUUUUGCAUGGGUGACAUCGAAGCAACAGCUAAUUCAAGCACCGGAGUACCCGUCAUCCAGAUCUUUUACGACUCAACCCAAAGCACAGCUGGGACCUGCAUUAUGGCGAGUAUGAUCACGGUCAUCAUCAUGGUUUCGUCUCUCGGUCUCGUCGCCGAAGGAUCACGAUCAGUAUAUGCCUUUUCGCGAGACCGUGGGCUUCCAUUGUCGGGCUUAUGGUCUCAAGUCGAGCCGAGGAAGAAGAUACCUAUCUACGCCAUUUUUCUCACUGUGGGAGUGCAGCUAGGUCUGAAUGCGAUAUACUUCGGUACGGAAACGGGGUUUGCAACGGUGAUUUCGAUAGCUACCACAGGUUUCUCUAAUAUGAAUCCAAUUUAG